UUUUAUGUGGUUGCGUAUGAAAUACAUAUAAACUUAAGGAGUAAAAACGAAAUAUAAAAGAUAAGCCCAACCUCGAUCUCCAACCAACCGCAAACUCAGUCCACAAUUUUCUCAGAAAUCAUCGCACAUCCCUCUCACAAACAAAACCAAAGGUUGAAGAACACAACAACAACAAUCAAAUCCCUCUUCCCGUUUCGUCUCUCUAUAUCCUGCACUUGUGGUAUUGAAUCAAUAUGAAACCGGUUUGUCCUUUUGUUAAAAUUCCUCGGCCGGACGAUAGUAAUGCUUCUAAAAAACCGAGUGAAAGCUCAACUAAAUAUCAUGUAGAACAUGAAAGUAAGGUGAAGAAAGAGGUUAAUGACCGAACGCCGGAAACCGAACGCCGUUGCCGGAAACAAAACGCCGUUGCCGGAAACAAAAAUCCUGAACCGAAAAAAAUGUCAAGCAAGAAGAAACACAAACGAAAACACAGCGACAGCGACGACGACGUUUUCUACUACCGCUACUGCGCUUCGUCCUCAACCCCCAACACCACCACCGGCACCACAUCCAGUAAUCAACCCCAAUCAAAACCGAACAACAUAGGAUCAUCAAUAGGAGGAAUAGGUGAACCCUUAGCACCAUCAAAAUUGACGCUAUACGUUUCUAAUCUAGAUUACUCCCUAACAAACUCCGAUCUCCUUACGCUCUUCUCUACUUUCGGCCGCAUCGCGCGUGUAACCGUUCUCAAAGACCGACACACGCGCCUAAGCCGCGGUGUCGCGUUUGUCCAAUUCGUUUCUCGUAAUGACGUCCAACGCGCCGUGGCGGAGAUGAAUAAGAAGAUUCUCAAUGGAAGGACUCUAACUGCUUCUAUUGCUGCUGAUAAUGGACGUGCUCCGGAGUUUAUUCGAAAGCGCGUGUACAAUACUGAGACUGCUUUGUGUUAUGAGUGUGGGGGGCAUGGUCAUUUGUCGUAUGAGUGUCCUAAGAAUCAGUUGGGGCCGAGGCCGCGGCCUCAGCCUAAGAAGCCGCGGCGGGGAUUUAGUGGGCUGAGGGAUAGGGAUGGGGAGGAGGAAGGUGAUGAGGAGGAGGAAGAGGGUGGUCAGAUUGCUGCGGAGCAGUUUGAGGAUAAUUGGGCUUCUGUUGUGGAUGAUGAAGCGGGUGAAAGGUUGCUGGGGAGAAACAGAAAUGAUGAUGAGGGUUUGGACAACAACAAGACGAAGAAGAAAGGGAAGAAAGCUGGGUAUUUCAGUGAUGAGAGUGAUCAUGAUGAUGAUGAUUGAUCAUGACUAUAUAGCAUUGACACUUUAGAUUGAAGGCACUUGUGGUAUUGAAUCAAUAUGAAACCGGUUUGUCCUUUUGUUAAAAUUCCUCGGCCGGACGAUAGUAAUGCUUCUAAAAAACCGAGUGAAAACUCAACUAAAUAUCAUGUAGAACAUGAAAGUAAGGUGAAUAAAGAGGUUAAUGACUCGGCCAGCGUUUCACCGAAGUGUCCAAUGGGAUAUGACUCUCAGACGUUUAAGCUUGGUCCUCUUAGCUGUAUGGUAUGCC